GCACAGCAGUAAAGAAAGAAAAAAAAUGAGCUUUCUAAAUUUGAAGUAUAAAUCGGGAUUCGGUAAUGAAUUCCGUAGUGAAGAUCCACGAUGUCCCGGUUCAUUACCUGAAUUGCAGAAUAAUCCACAAGUUUGUCCAUACAAACUUUAUUCCGAACAAUUAUCUGGUUCAGCAUUUACGGCACCACGUGAAACAAAUAAACGUACAUGGUUUUAUCGUAUCCGUCCUUCGGUACUUCAUCAACCAUUUCGUCCAUAUGAACGAUCGAAUGUACGAUCCGAUUGGAAUAAUGUGGCACAAACACCAAAUCAAUUACGAUGGAAACCAUUUCCGAUACCAAUGUCGGAUAAAAAUGUUGAUUUUGUCGAUGGACUGAACACCAUUUGUGGUGGUGGAGAUUCAAGUUCACGAAAUGGUAUGGCCGUACAUGUUUACACUGCAAAUGAUUCGAUGAAAAAUCGUUGUUUCCAUAAUUCGGAUGGUGAUUUCCUUUUGGUUCCACAGCUUGGCACACUUUAUAUUCGAACAGAAUUUGGUAAAAUGACCGUUUCACCGAAUGAAAUCUGUGUCAUUCAACAGGGUAUGAAAUUUUCGGUAGACAUAACCGAACCAAGUCGUGGUUAUGUAUUAGAAGUGUUUGAUGGUCAUUUCAUUCUGCCUAAUCUUGGUCCAAUUGGUGCCAAUGGCUUGGCUAAUCCAAGACAUUUUUUGACACCAGUUGCUUAUUAUGAGGAUAAAGAUCAUAUCAAAUUUGAGGUUAUCAACAAAUAUUGUGGCAAUCUUUUCGUGGCACAAAUGGAACAUAACCCAUUUGAUGUUGUUGCUUGGUACGGUAAUUAUGUACCGUAUAAAUAUGACCUAUCCAAAUUUAUGGUCAUCAAUACGGUUUCAUAUGAUCAUGCUGAUCCAUCGAUUUUCACUGUUCUGACAUGUCCAUCAACAAAACCGGGUGUUGCCAUAGCUGAUUUUGUUAUAUUUCCACCACGAUGGUCUGUGGCAACCGAUACUUUUCGGCCACCAUAUUAUCACCGUAAUUGUAUGAGUGAAUUUAUGGGUUUAAUCCAUGGUUCAUAUGAAGCUAAAGAGGAAGGAUUUCGUGCCGGUGGUGCUAGCCUUCAUUCAAUGAUGACGCCGCAUGGUCCGGAUAAUGAUUGUUUCAUCAAAGCUACCCAAGAUAAAUUGGAACCAACACGUGUAGCUGAUGGUACAAUGGCAUUCAUGUUUGAAAGUUCAUUACAAUUACGGCUAACCGAUUGGGCAUUGAAUUUUGGAAGAUUGGAUGAAGAUUAUUAUAAAUGUUGGUCUGGACUUCAAAAACAUUUUGAUGGUCAAAAAUGAAUCAAUUACAAAAUCAUUUUAUUCAAGCAAUAUUUUCCAACAACAAAAAAAAACGAUUUAAAUCUUUGACUAACCCAAAAUUACAAUUACAAUAAUAAAUUGAAAUAAAUUUAAUCAUUAA